UACACUGUUUUUCAACGCAAAAUUUCGCGGCAUACUUUCGAACUAUCUCUAAACAUAAAAUACUAUCUUGCGGAAUAGCGAUGCAUUUGCGGAUUAGCUUGCGGAACAGUGACUCAGUUAUUUAUACAGCAAUUAUAGUCGGGUGCUUUCAACCUGUUCUGUGUUCGACACUUAUUAGGUUUACGAGGGUACUUCAACGAACAGCUGUCCAUUCAGUUGGUUGAAUAAAAACGUGGCGCGUGUUACUCUUGGCUGGGCACGGGCCUUGGCCGCUAACCAUGUUGUAGUCAACCCCGUUUUCACGUCCUUGUCUUACAGGGGUACUUUUACGUAAAUGUAUCUCUUUUCUCUACAUGUUACGGUACUCGGGGUGGUGUUGUGUUAGUGCAAAGUUGUUUAGACGUCGUCAACGGCAACCGCAGUCCAUACUCUACAUGCGGCUGCACACUACCCGCUCGUGUUCCAAUACUUCCAACCGACAAUACGUUUAAAUGAAAUAAAUAUAUUUUUAGUGUUAUGUAACAUUUCCUGUGAUUAACACAUAUGCCCCAUAAAAUAUUGACUAUGCUGAGGAGAUGACAAUUUUCUUGUUAAAAACAAGAUGCCAUUAUUGAACAACAACGAAACCAAUUUGCCUACAACAAGUUACAUUAUUGAAAAUUCUAGUUGUAAUUUAGAAUCGUUGUAUUGCACACAUCUUUGGUCCAACAGCAGUUUGAGAAGGACAAUUAUAAACGCACCAAUUACAGAUAAUAAAAUAACCAAAUAUUGCUCCUCGUGUAGAGGAAAGAUAAGAAAUUAUAAAUUAAAGGCUACAAAUGAUAAUUUUACUCCUAAGUCAUAUUCUACUCCGAGGGACAAAUUUAGUGUAAGCAGAUCGGAAACAAAAUUUGAUGACUUAGAAAAAAUAACCUGCUGUGAUGACGGUAGUUUAGUAAGAAAUAUAACCGACAACGAAAUUGUCAAUUUAAAUAAAACGAUUCCAACAAUAUCUGAAGAUAUAGAUUCCGGUAUACAACACAAAUUUAGAUGUGCCUCGUUUGAUACGACCACCUCCAAUCCAAGACAAGGAAGAUUAAGAAAAAGCCUAAAAGGAAUCGGUUGCUUUGUAGAUUUAACUCAAAGUUCUAUCAAGAAAAGAACGCAAUUACAAGUGUGCUCAAUAAGCAUAAUGAUUCUAGCAAUCGUAAUAAUAAGUUUAAUUUUAGUAAAUUUUACAUCACAUCAUGAAACACAAGCCACCAAUAUAAUUAGUACAAAUGCAGUGCCAACAAAAAAUAUAGACUUGAACGACAUUACUUCGGCGACUGCCAGCAUUUACUCAGAGUUGCCUUUGACUGCUACUGUUCGGAACACAGAAAUUGACACAACACUUGCACCAUUUACGACAACUGCAAAAAAUAUAUCUUAUUUAUCAAAUAUUUUAACAAAAAUUCGAAAGAAUAUCAAGACGUACCCCAAACAAGGGAAUAAAACUCAACCUAGUUUUAAGAUCAGCAAUGACUCGACGAAUGGAGCAAAUAUCACUCAAAAGUUUUGUGAAUGCCAAAAAAAUGAAGUGUGUAUGUUAGAAGAAAGUAGUGGAACAUCACUUUGUCAAAUUGCACUAGAUCCUGACGACCCAACAGGUUGCGGUGGACUGUGCGCUCUAGAGACAGAGGCGUGCCACCUGGUGGACAAGGCACGCGGGGUGCGAGUUUGCCGGCCGCUGGUCGCGGCAGCGUGCGCGGCGCGACAGUGGCGCUGCAAGAACGGCUUCUGCGUUUCCGAGCACGCCCGCUGCAACGGCUCCAUUGAAUGCUACGAUCGCUCCGAUGAAAUGUAUUGUGAUUGCGAUUUAACAAAGGAGUUUCGGUGCGGCCAGUCUAUAUCUUGCUUUCCUAAAGCCAAGCUCUGCGACGGAGCCAUCGAUUGCUGGGACGGCCUCGACGAAAUAAACUGCACUCCAGAAUGUCCAGACUAUCAGUUCACAUGUACGAAUGGAGAAUGCAUAGCUUCUUCUCGUUUCUGCGACGGGUUAGCGGACUGCAGCGACCACAGCGAUGAACCCACUGGAUGCGAAGGAGGGUGCAAUGCUCAUGAGAUACGUUGCUCAAAUAAGCGCUGCAUCCCUCGAAUCCUACGAUGCGACGGCCGCGACGACUGCGGAGACAAUAGUGACGAACUCCAAUGUCCUUAGAUAAAGGUUUUAUACAGGAGUUGCAAACCCUGAUGCAUGCAAUCCUCAAGACAACAAUUUACAUCAAAUGAGUACGUUGCCAUCAUGUUAUAUAUAGCGUUAUUAUCAGAACUUGUGUCGCUAUAAUAAACAUUAAUGUGAAUUAAGCUCACUUUCGACGUAAUUCCUUUUUUUAUAUAAUAACUAUAAUAUAGAAAGUCUCUUAUUAUUGAUGUAUAAUAAUAUAAAAUUAUUAUUAUUGACACAAGUGUCGGAGGCCAAGACGCACUUUGGGUCGCUGCGUUAGCUAGGAGAUGUCUUAAAAACCCCCAAUGAGUGUCAAUAUUCGUGUCUAAAAUGGUCUAUUAUUUUUAUACCUACCCUAUAAUUAAAUUUAAACCAGAUCCUAAAUGAUUUACGGGUAUUAUCAGUCCAAGACAUAAUAUUAAAAAGUUUUAGAAGUAUCAAAUUUGUAUAUUACCCACCGCAUAUCAAAAAAAGAAUUGUAUAAGUAAGAAUAAGUGUUUGUUG